AUGGCUGACGGAGGUGGCGCAGGAGGGAUUGUGGAGGACGGCGCAGCCGGGGUCGCGGUGGAGACGGGGCCCGCCAUCGCGGUUGAUCUGGCGGCGGACGUCGUUAGCGCGGUGAGGGACGGCGCCAGUAGCAUCGGCCCAGUGAGGGAUGGAGCCGGCAGCAUCGGCGCGGUGGAGCCACUGGAAAGCGUCGGCGGUGGUGGUGGCAGCGACUUGAUCGGAACUUGUGCAGCACAGCCAUAUGUACAAGAAGCAGAGCACAUCAGUUCAUGCUCGAGCCCCGAAGAAGGUAGUAAUGUUUGGGUUUCCCCCAAGGAUGUGGGGCACUAUUUAAAGGUUCUAGUGGUGAUGCCAACAGUCGUCGAGAGGUUUGUGGACUGGACGGUGUCGUGGCUGCCGAUGUAUGGAGAUGCGAAGAUGUUGGUCGUCAUCUAUCUCUGGCACCCCAGCACACGAGGUGCGGGGCACGUGUACGAUGGCUUCCUCCAUCCACUGGUGGCGUGGCAUGAGGCCGACAUCGACCGGGGCCUUCUUGAGCUGAAGGCUAGGGCGAGGGACAUGACGGCGUCACAACUCAAGGCGGCGGCUGCCAUCGGUCCAGUGUGGCUCGUUGAGGCUGCCCGCUAUGUUUCAUCGCAGAUGCAGGCCGUGAGAUCAGGUCGGGAAGGCGCCACACAUUGACGAGUGAGCCAAUUUUUGGAUCGGACCAUAACAACGUGUCUUAGUCUCUGACGUCUAGAAGUAGUGGUAAAGUUUUGAAUUUGCAUGGCAAGAACCACUUACAUAGGUAGCUGACACACACAACACUGUGUUUACACUCUUACUUAUGUAAAAGAUAUGAAUUAUACACGAGUUGCCUCUACAAUGAGGAACUGUGAUAGUAGAUACGGCAAUUGUG